AUGAAGACUCGAGGCCAUGGUUCAUCUUCCAAGUGUAUGAAAUCUCAGCAGGAGACACUUCCUGAAUCUGUUCCCACUGCCACUCCUUCGGUCCCAGCAUCAAUCCCUGCUGUCUCUCCUACUCCAGGCCGUCGUUCUAAAACCACAGCAAGAAAGAAGGUUCUUGCUCUUUCGGGUCCAAUAAGUUCGUCUGUUUUUGGUGCUUCUAGCAAAGGAGUUACGUUCCCGAAUUUGGAUGCUGAGCAAAUUCCAGCAUCGACGGUUUCACUCGCCUCUUCCGAAGGUCAAAUAAAAGCCAAACCGGCCUUGGGAACUAGUCAGUCCAAAUCAAUUUCCACUGAAGAUGUGUCUGUUCCAUUUGAUCAUGACUCUGAAUCCUCACUAUCACCUGAUGUGUUGACACCCAAGGCAUGGGGCAAACGUAAGUCCAAAGUUGUUGGGUCGAAGAAAGGGAAAAAGGCCAAAGUGGCUAAAUCUAAAGGUACCAGCUCCAUCUCUGAUUCAUCUCCUUUAUCUCGUUUUAAAUUAAAGGCCAAAAUCAAUCUUCCCCCAUGCACCUCAUCGGAGGAAGUCUCUCCCGAGUCGGAAGACUCUCAGCCUGAGUUGGACCCUUCUUUGACCGAGCCCAAUCCUGAAGUUCCUCUUGAUGAUUUGGCUGAGGAAACUGACUCUGAAGAAGACCCAUCUGAAGCCUCUCCAGUUGCAUCGGACCCAAAAGGCACCACUCCAUUGGCAUUUCCUGAAUUGUCGUCCAAACUUGCGAAGCAAAAAGGUGCUCCUGCUCGUAACUCAGACCAAUCUUCUUUCAUGUUCCAUAAAGUAUAUGUUAGGGGUAAUUGGUAUAACUUUAGCACGUCCGAAAUUUCUAAGGCUCUCAAUCUCGUCCCUGUGGAGAUUGAUGAUUCUAUUGAAUUUGCAAAGGACCAAGUUUUGUCUGAACUGGUUGGUCAGGCUAUGGUGUGGGAACCAAGCACCUCUCUUCGAGUCACCGAUCUCACUCAUUUCUAUGGUGCUAUUUUCAAAUUUGCUAUGUUUAAUUGGAUGCCUACCACUCAUUCCUCCACCAUCACACAAGAUAUGGCCUUCCUGUUGUUCAAAAUUGGUACUAGAGUCGCCAUAGAUCUUGGAGCUGUUAUUUUUGACCAAAUCAUGUCUCUAAGUGGUGCCAAACAUGAUCAUGCUCCGUCCACUGCUCAAAAAGUCAAAGGAAUUAAUCUGGCUAGUCGUGCUUCUGGAAAUUUUGUGACUGGCACUCCUGCUGUCCCAACUGAUCUUGGUGCUGUCCACACAGGAAUUACCAGUCUUUCUGUCCGGUUCUCUCUCAUGGAGGAAACUCAGCGCCAAAUUCUUGCUUCAUUGGCCACUCUUAAUGCAUCCAGCUCUCCUGCCCCAUGA